GUGCUGGGGCUGGGGCCGCCGGAAGUGCUGCCGCGCCGGCCCCGCCCCUUCCUGCGGUCCAGGGCUCGGGCGGUGCCGGCUCCCGCGCAGGCUGAGUUCCGGGCUCUGGGCCGCCUGUCCCGCCCUCAGCCGCCGCCGCCGCCGCCGCCGCCGCCGCCACAGCCUCCCCUGCCCGGCGCCAUGGCCGCUGCGGCCGGGGACGGCGCGGUGAAGCCGCUGCAGUGUGCCAUGAAGCUGGCCAACGGGGCCAUCGAGCUGGAUACCGGCAACCGGCCCCGGGAGGCGUAUACGGAAUACCUGAGGAGCAUCCACUAUAUCUCCCAGGUGCUGUUGGAAGAAGUGGAGACCACCAAAGAAGGUGGGGAAACUGUGGCCCCGGACACCUCAAAGAUGCUGAAGCUGGCCGAGCAGUGUCUGGAGAGGGCCCAGUCAACAGCUGCCAAGCUCGGGAAAACACACCUGAAGCCAGCCAUGCCCACGGCUGCUCCUGUCCCCUCACCGACCAGCCGACAUCGCCGGGUGUACUCAGAUGAAGGGGGGAAACUCUCUCCCUUUCUGCCGCCCGAGAUCUUCCAGAAGCUUCAAGUGGUAGAGUCACAAAGUUCUAAGAAGGAGCUGACGCCCCUGCAGGAAGCCUCUCUGCAGAACCAGAAGCUGAAGGCCGCCUACGAGGCCCGGAUGGCCCGUCUGGACCCCAGCCAGGCCCUGCAGAAGACCUCCCUGACCCUGUCCCUGCAGCGGCAGGUGAUGGAGAACCUUGUGAUCGCCAAAGCCCGGGAGGAGACCCUGCAGAGGAAGAGGGAGGAGCGGCGGCUGCGGCUCCAGGAGGCGGCCGACAGGAGGUUCUGCAGUCAGGUGGCCCUGACCCCGGAGGAGCGGGAGCAGCGGGCCCUCUAUGCCGCCAUCCUCGAGUACGAGCAAGACCACGACUGGCCGAAGCACUGGAGAGCCCAGCUCAAGAAGAGCCCGGGGGACCUGUCGCUGGUGACCAGCCUGGUCUCCCACCUGCUCAGCGUUCCCGACCACCCCAUCUCGCAGCUCCUGAAGAAGCUCCAGUGUGCGGUGUACCGGGCGCUGUACCCCGUCGUGAGCAGGGGCGCCGCGGGCGCCGCUUCCACCCCCGGCUGCUGCGCCUUGUCCCCAGACGCCGACGGGCUGCGGGCUCCCGGGAGCCGGCGGCUCCGGCCCUCGCAGAGCCUCUACUGCGUGCUUUCCCCCGCGGAGCCGGGCCCCGCCCCUCGGCCCCCGGACGGCGCCCACGGCAGCCCCCCCACGCCCCCGCCGCACGCCGGCCCCCCCGAGGGAGGGGCGGACGGCGGCCCCGCCGGGCCUGCCUCCCCGCUGGCACACACCCCGCCGGGCGUGCAGAGCAGACACAGCUCCUUCGAAGACCUCGAACACUUCUUGGCCGCUUCUGAGGGGUGGGGCCGGGGGCGUGGGAGGCCGCCUGAGCCCCAGGCCUCGGGGGUGAAGACGGAGCCGUUGUCCGAGCAGCUGAAGAGUACCGUCAAGGACAUACACAACGCCAUCGACAGGCUGCUUUCGCUGACUCUCCUGGCUUUCGAAGGCCUGAAUGCGGCCGCCUCCAAGGACCGAUGCCUGGCCUGCAUCGAGGAGCCUUUCUUCUCCCCACUGUGGCCCUUGCUGCUGGCACUCUACAGGAGCGUGCACCGCCUCCGGGAGGCCGCCCUGAGCAGGAGCAUGGAGCUCUACAGGAACGCGCCCCCAACGGCCAUAGGCGUUCCCACGAAGCUCCUGCCCCGGGGCCUGGAGGCCACAGGAGCCGGCGCCUUCCCCUACUGUGCUGCAGCCCAGGAGCUGGGGUUGCUGGUUCUGGAGAGCUGCCCCCAGAAGAAGCUGGAGUGCAUCGUGCGGGUCCUGCGGGUUAUCUGUGCCUGUGCCGAGGGUUACUGCCGGGCCCAGGAGGCUGCGUCUGAGGCCAGACCCCAGCUUGGUGCCGCAGCCAUCGGUGCCGACGACCUGCUGCCCAUCUUGUCCUUCGUGGUGCUGAGAAGCGGUCUCCCCCAGCUGGUGUCAGAAUGCGCAGCCCUGGAGGAGUUCAUCCAUGAGGGGUACCUGAUCGGAGAGGAGGGUUACUGCCUGACGUCACUACAGAGCGCCCUGAGCUACGUCGAGCUGCUGCCCCGGGGUGCCCUGGGCAAGUAGAGCAGGACAGGACCUGCGGAGGACCACCAGAAGUCACCUGCUCUGGGUGGGGGGGCGGCAGCAGGCCGGCUGUGGCGGGGCUCUGCCGCUCUCACUCGUGCCCUGACCGGACGUCUGCCCCAGGGCCCUGAGGAGGCCCCUGUGCUCUUCAGAGGAUAGAUCUGAGCUGAAUCAGCUCCUGGGAGCCAGGCCCUUCUCUUUCCUCAGCCUGACUUUGUGCAGGGAAACCAGAGCUGUGGACUCCCCUGGGGCCUGUGCACCCUCACAGAUCCGGCCACUCAAGGGUAGGGAGGGAGCCGUAGGCCUGGCAGAGGGCAGGUCUGCUUUCUCUCCCUUCCCCUCUCCUGUGACAGCCAGCUUCCGGUGCCAGUUUCUUGUUGGGGUCAAGGAGAGAGCCGUCCCCAUCCCCUGCCUCCAAGGCCUGGAGCCCAGGUGGUCUGAAGCUAUACUGUUUACUUACGGGGCAUUGAGCACUCCCCUGUCCUCUGUAGCCCAGGCCUCCCCAGGGUGCCCACCCGCGUCUGGGGCCUCUGAGCUGUGCCCUCCCUCGGCAGUAGGCAUUGGACAUCCUGGGGCCUCUGGCUGAUUCCCGCCCCGCACGUCCCUUUCUGGGUCAGCGUGAAGCCGAGGGUCAGCGCCUGCCUGCAGCGCAGCGUCCGCUCUGUUACAUGCCCCGGGCAGCCACUGACACGGCCAGAAAUAAAGAGGUCACUGAUGUCUC